GGAUGUUAGAAGCGAAAGGACGUGCUUGGCUGAAUAGGUCAAAUAAGCUAUUCGAGGGGUGGACUGCGAUACAACGUUACGGCAUACUCAAGGGGGGCAUCACAAGCAACCACGGCCGUUUGUGCCACUACAAUCGCUCCCCCUCAUCACGCGUCCAAUCACCCCCGGGUCAGCAGGGAUGCAGUCUUCCGACAACAACAACAAUCACGUCUUUCUCGGCGUCGAUGUUGGCUCUGGCUCCAGCAGGGCAGCUCUUAUCACCGCUUCAGGCAAACUGCUCGCUAUUUACUCCACCCCGUUUUCGACCUCGCGUCCGGCUCCAGACUACUUUGAGCAGUCCAGCGACGAAAUUUGGGCCUCUAUUUGCACCUCCGUGAAGGCAGCCUUCGCUCUAUCUAAGGUCGAUCUUACUCAAGUCAGAGGAAUUGGAUUCGAUGCCACCUGCUCGUUGGUAGCGUACAGUGCCGGCACGCCUGAUACGGCGCGACCAGUGUCCGUCUCGCCUAGUUCCAACUUUGAAGACGACAGCAGGAACAUAAUCAUGUGGUGCGACCAUCGCGCCAAGGACCAGGCCACUCGUAUCACAGAGACCCACCAUGACAUCCUCAAGAAUAUCGGAGGGACUAUGAGCCUAGAGAUGGAGCUGCCAAAGACAUUGUGGCUCAAGGAGAACAUGCCAAAGGAGAGAUGGCAGAAUAUCGGUCGCCUAUUCGACUUACCUGACUUCUUGACAUGGAAGGCCACGGGCGAUUAUUACCCCAGUCGAUGCUCCGUGGUUUGCAAAUGGUGCUACAAGGCUGGACCUGAGAGCGGCGAGUCUCCAUCCCAUAUCGCGAACCAGGGUUGGCCCGGGGAUUUCAUGCGCCAGAUUGGACUCGGGGAGAUCGCGGACGACGAUUUUCAAAAGUUAUGUGGCGUUGGUAAUGCGGGACAGCGAGUGCACUUUGCAGGCGAACAUAUCGGUGGGCUGACAAAGCGAGCAGCAGAAGAAUUGGGCUUAGUCGAAGGAACUGCCGUUGGCGGUGCGGUGAUCGAUGCGUACGCAGGCGCCAUUGGAACUUUGGGCGCACGACUGAAGGGCGUGCAGGCAACAGUGGAUGAGGCACACAAGAGAAUCUCUAUGAUUUGUGGUACUUCAUCGUGCCAUCUGGUCAUGUCCAAUAAACCGAUUUUUGUUCCAGGAGUUUGGGGCCCUUUCCAUGGAGUGAUGCUGCCGGAAAUGUGGGUUGCAGAGGGAGGACAAUCGUCAACUGGCCAAUUGAUUGACUAUAUCACGAAAACGCACCCUGCUUACAAUGAGGCUCUAAGGCAAUCGCAAUCGACGACCCCAGCCGUGUCCAUUUAUGAACACCUCAACCAACAUCUGGAGGCCCUCGCCAAGAAACUGUUUUUGGGGAAUGCUGCGUACCUCACCAGAAGAUUACACAUGACACCAGAUCAUCAUGGAAACCGAUCUCCGUUUGCGGACGAAACAAUGAGGGGCUCUAUCUCUGGACUGGAUCUGAAUAGUGACACCGUGGAUGGGUUGGCUGUCCAAUAUCUGGCGACCAUCCAGGCAUUGGCGCUAGGCACACGACAGAUCGUCGGCGCGCUUACUCGAGCCGGAUACACUAUUGAGACGAUUUGCAUCUCCGGUGGGCUAUCGCUCAACAGGGUAUUUGUUAAAGUGUUGGCGGAUGUAAUGCAGAUGCCGGUUGUUCUUCCGGGAAGUGGUGGUGAUGCUGCAGUCGUCAUGGGCGCUGCCAUCUGCGGUGCCGUGGCGUACGAAUCCAAGCUGAGAGGUCCAGAGGCUGACAUGGAGGGUAUGUUGUGGAACGCUAUGGCGCGUCUUACAGAGGCAUCGGAUGUUGUUGAGCCCGAAAGGGAUCUUGCUCUGCAGCGCUUCUAUGAUAAUAAGUUCCACGUCGUGCAGAAAAUGCAAGAGGACCAGCGCGAGUACAAUAAAAUAAUGAUGCGGGGGCUGUGAACAGC